AUGAUGCGCUCUUCCUUCUCGCUUUUCGUCGCUGUCUUGGCCCUCUUUGCUGGUCAUGUCCUUGCGCUGAACAUCACCAUCGGCGGGAGAAACAUCACUGCGCCCCAGUUCCUGAACACCUCGGACAUCGUCCUUCAAGACAGUGCACUCAACACAUGCGGCGCGAACGACACCUGUGCCUGCGCCGCGUCCACGGUGUCGCUCGUCCUGGGCUGUCAGCAGUGCAUGUUCAACCAGCUCAUCGCGCGCAACAAGCAGCCGGUCGACCUCCUCGCGGGCCAGGCCUCCGCGCUGACCGCGUACUCGACUGCAUGCACGAACAUCACUGCCGUUAACGCUAGCCAGGUCACGCUCACUCUUCCUCCCGAUUGGGACGGUCCGUUCGGCCAGGGCCUCACCACCGGCACGACCGUCGUGGCCGUCAUCGCAGCGUUCGUUCUCGGCCUGUGCUCUAUCACUAUCGUCAACACUAUGUGA